AUCAAAAUAAAGUUCAGCAGAAGGUGGGAGAGGCAGGAAAGGGAUCGAAACAGAGGGAGAGGGGCGGAAGAGAGGGUGAGGAAUGUCGUGCUCGCCGUCUUCGGGGUCGGGGGAAGACGAGGGCGUCGACGCCUACCGGAAGGGUGGCUACCACGCGGUUAGGGUCGGUGACGCCUUCGCCGGUGGCCGCUACGUCGCCCAGCGGAAGCUCGGAUGGGGUCACUUCUCUACCGUCUGGCUCGCCUACGACACCCUUUCUUCCAAAUUUGUUGCCCUCAAGAUUCAAAAAAGCGCGAAAGAGUAUACUCAAGCUGCGCUUCAUGAGACGGAGCUUCUCUCAGCGAUUGCAGACGGAGACCCUUCCAAUUCCAAGUGUGUUGUGCGACUACUGGACCACUUUAUGCAUGCUGGCCCCAAUGGGCAGCACUAUUGUUUAGUGGUUGAAUCCCUUGGAGAUAGCUUGCUUCGGUUGAUUCGUUACAACCGUAACAAGGGGAUUGGUCUGAACAGAGUCAAGACUAUAUGUAGAUCGAUAUUGGUGGGUCUCGAUUACUUGCACAGGGAGCUUGGUAUCAUUCACACGGAUUUGAAGCCAGAAAAUGUGCUUCUUGUGUCCACAAUCAAUCCUGCUAAGGACCCUGUGAGGUCCAAGUUCACUCCAAUUCUUGAGCGGCCUGAAGGGUGCCCAAAUGGUGGAUAUCCAUUCAGUAUGAACCAGAAGAAGCUGAAGAUUAUGACAAGAAGGGCAUUGGUGAAGAUUUCUAAGAGAAGAAUGUCAAUGGGAGGCUAUGUAGAGAUGGAGAGAAGCUUGGAUGGGAUUGAUCUGAGGUGCAAGGUGGUGGAUUUUGGGAAUGCUUGUUUGUUUGAUAACCAAAUUUCAGAUGAUAUUCAGACAAGGCAGUACAGAGCUCCUGAGGUUAUUAUUGGGUUGGGAUACUCCUUUUCGGUUGAUAUGUGGUCCUUUGCUUGUAUAGCCUUUGAGCUUGCAACUGGUGACCUGCUCUUUGCUCCUAAGAAUAGCCCAGAAUUCACCGAAGAUGAGUCCUUGAUUUCAGGAUCACUUGGCUCUGAUGAUGGAACUUCUUGGAAGGAUGCCCCGACAGUGAAGAUUGCUACUGCAGGAUCUCGAUCAAAGGACCUCUUUGACAGAUAUGGAGACCUGAAGAGGAUUCGUAGGUUGAAAUUUUUGCGCCUGGAUCGCCUUCUGGUUGACAAGUACAAGUUUUCAGAAACUGAUGCCAACUCCUUCAUGGAGUUCCUUUGCCCACUUCUCGAUUUUGAUCCAGAGAAGAGGCCUACAGCAGCUCAGUGCCUGCAACAUCCAUGGCUCAAUGAAUGAGGAGAUUUAUAAGAGCCUAAAGCUGCUCGAGUAUGAAAUAAUUUGAAGAGGUGAUAAAUUUAACGCAACCACCACCAGCUAACAAGUGAAGUUUCAGCAUUUUCACUGACCCGACUUAAUUGUACCACAUGAGGUCUGAAGGAAACUACUCGAACUCCGUCAUCUGGUUGUAUUCAUGAAUACCUUCGACUAUAUUAUGACUUUUGGUAGAGGUUUUUUUCCCUAAUGUUAUCGUCUUCCAAAAGAGAAAACGUGAAGUAGCUUCUGAUAAUGCCCGAGUUAUUUUUCGCGGUAUCUUUACAUUGUGUCUCAAACUGUGUUAAGUCCCAACGCAUUCCUUUGUUUGAUUAAAAAACAGAGCAGUUCUUGGCUAAGGGCACAUUAACACUGAAGCAGGAAAUGCUGGCCAAAAAUCUAAACCAACAUAAGCUAUGAAUCAAUGUUUAAGGUUACUUCUGCUCGACUCAGCUGAAUUGUUGCAUGUGUGAUGGACAAGGUAUUAAUAAUGAUGCCCAUCAACCUAAAUGGUAUUCAAGGUGGAGUCGAGUUCAAGAAAGGCGUAGAUAGGUGAACGAUAUGAUCAUGCAGGCAGGCCGAUCUGGAGAAAGUUUGUGCACAUUUACACGAUUAAAUCAUUACCACUAAUUUGCUUCAUUCUUCGUUCCCAUCUGUGAUCCCACAUGAACUCAAUGAAC